UUGUUUAAUGUUAUAAAUACCGAAAUUCUUUUGGCAAAUCUUUUAGUUUUCAAACAACAUAUUUGUCCGAACACUGAAGUUUUGAGCGAUAUUAUGAACGCCCUAAUAUCAGUGACAUUUUUAGCCGUUUUAGGCUUGUCAAAUGGUCAAUUUGCGUCGCUUUGUAAGAAAGCGUCGGGCAAGUAUUCAGUGGUUAAUCCAUACAAUUGCUCCUCCUUCAUCGAGUGUGAUGGUCACAUUGGAACAGAGCUUCCUUGCCUGGAUGGCAAGUGGUUCGAUGCUAAACUCCUAAUCUGCCGUUCGCCAUCUGUCGCAGUGUGUGCAUCUUCUGAUAUUCCCAACUAUGUUCGUGAUUUAUGCAGCGGACUUCCCAAAAAUGAACUUGUCCCCGGUGUAGAAUGCAACAAAUACUACAAAUGCAAUGGCAGCAAUACCACAGCUUUUACGUGUCCAAAUGGACAGCAUUACUCGAGAGCUUACUCAACUUGUAUGGCCUCAUUAGAAGCCGGAUGUAAGGCUCUAAGUACAAUGUGUUCUGAUGAGUAUAACGGCUUUGCAUUUGCAUCUUUGGCCUGUGAUCAAUACUACGUUUGCGACCGUAAACUGAAACCGGAAUUGAAAUCAUGCGAGAGAGGUCUAUACUUCAGUGCAGAUCAACAGAAAUGUACAGAACCAGCACUAUCGGGUUGUUCAAAUAAUGGAGGCAGCACUCCCAGUCCAAACGGCAAUUGUGAUAAUGUACCUGUACCGAUAUGCGAUUCAAAUAAUUCAGGUGCAUUUUACCCCCAUCGAAAACCCGACUCGUUUUACUUGUGCUUUAAUACCUUACGGUUUGAGUUGCAGUGUGAACCUGGAUUGACUUUCGAUACUUUGCUAAAGUAUUGCGUGAAGUAUGGAGCCAAUCGUGUAUGCUAAAAAUAAAAAUUGAUUACAACCAA